GGGAGCGGGAGCGAGGCUGGGCGCACUGACAAGGUUGAGUGCCCGUCUGCGGGGUGUAGAGCGCGCACCCAGGCGACCCCUGCGGCGGCGGCAGCGGCAACACGGACUGAACAGAACAUCCGAAGCCUACGAGAGCUCCACCUAGUUCGCAGGAUAAAAUCUCCCCGCGUACUUCAGCAAUGGCUAAACCCCAGGUGGUUGUAGCACCUGUGUUAAUGUCGAAGUUGUCCGUGAAUGCCCCUGAAUUUUAUCCGUCGGGUUACACCUCUAAUUAUUCAGAUUCUUCCUAUGAAGAUGGAUGUGAUGGCUAUCCUACUCUUACAGAAUAUGUUCAAGAGUUUCUGAACCACCUUACAGAACAACCAGGAAGUUUUGAAACUGAAAUUGAUCAAUUUGCAGAAACUCUUAAUGGCUGGGUCACUACUGAUGAUGCUUUACAAGACCUUGUAGAACUUAUCUACCAACAGGCCACAACUGUACCACACUUCUCUUAUAUGGGAGCACGGCUGUGUAAUUAUUUGUCUCAUCAUCUAACCAUUAAUCCACAAAGUGGAAAUUUCCGACAAUUACUACUUAAAAGAUGUCGCACUGAGUAUGAAAACAAAGAUCAAGCUGCAAAAGGGGAUGAAGCUACUAGAAAAAGAUUUCAUUCAUUUGUACUCUUCUUGGGGGAACUUUAUCUUAACCUGGAGAUUAAGGGAACAAAAGGACAGGUUACCAGAGCAGAUAUACUUCAGGUUGGUCUUCGAGAAUUACUGAAUGCCCUUUUUUCUAAUCCUGUGGACAACAAUUUAAUCUGUGCAGUAAAACUACUGAAGUUGACAGGGUCAGUUUUGGAAGAUGCAUGGAAGGAAAAAGGAAAGACAGAUAUGGAAGAAAUGAUUCAGAGAAUUGAAAAUGUUGUCCUAGAUGCAAAUUGCAGCAGAGAUGUAAAGCAGAUGCUUUUGAAGCUAGUAGAACUCCGAUCAAGUAACUGGGGCAGAGUUCAUUCCACCUCCACAUAUAGAGAAGCCACACCUGAAAAUGAUCCUAAUUAUUUUAUGAAUGAACCAACAUUUUAUACGUCUGAUGGCAUUCCUUUUACUGCUGCUGAUCCAGAUUACCAAGAAAAGUAUCAGGAGUUACUUGACAGAGAGAAUUUCUUCCCAGAUUAUGAGGAAAAUGGAACAGACUUAUCAGGGGCUGGAGAUCCGUAUGUUUCAUUUGUGGCUGAUUUUUCUUUCUAUAAAACAUCUUUCUAUGGCAGAGCUUUCUUAAAAUAUUCCAUCAUUCUUAUGAAAAACAUUCUCCUAGAUCAAUUUGUGGUUCAAAAAAUUAGAUAUUGAGGGGCCAUAUAUUUUGAUUACUUUGAGUUGCAUUUGUUUGUUUCCUGGCAUUUGACACGACAAUUUUUAAAAUUCUAAGCUUAGUAAUUAUCAGCUAAAAACAAACUAUAAAACUGUAAAUAUUUCCCAUUUACAGUUUAAAAAAAAGUAACUUUAACAAGACAAACAUCUUUGCUUCCAUAUUUCCUUUAAAAUCUUGUUUGUAUUUUCAGACUUUAUAGCUGUUAUUGUCUAAAUAACUUGUAGCAAGUGUGUAAAUUAUUUUCAUUCUACUUUCUUCGAUUGCAUUAUUUCCUGUAAGUCUAUAUAUUAUUUUGGAUUCUUUAUGUUUAUAUUUUUAUGGCAAAAUAAUAGCUUUUUACAUUAAUGUACCACAAUUUUAUUCAGCCAGUUCUCAGCCAUUUGACUUAGUUUUUAGCAAGCACUCAUAAUGCUGCUAAAAAAAGUUUUGUACAUAGAGGCCCUUUCCCACCAGUAGUUUACCUUAGACAUUAGUAUAGUUCUAGUAAUGGGUUCAUUGGGUCAAAAGAUCUGAACAAUUUUCUAGUUAGUAGCACUUUCUUUUAUUUAGAAAAAGGAAAAUGUUUCUUCAAAAUCAUGAUGCUUCAAAUCUGAGCCCCUCUCCUUCAGAAGCAUUCAUUCAAGAACAUUGUAUUUCUGUACCUAAUACUUUUUAAAUUGCAUAAAACAGAUACAUAGAGCUAUUGUCUUGCACUUAAAAUAAAUCCAGAGUGGUUAUUUAGAGUAAUCUUAUAAUAUAUAAAACAUCUGUGAUUUUAUUAGCAUCCCUAUAUGGGAAAGUAGGGAGUUAGUGUUAGUGUUAGAUAAAUCUUAGGUAGUUGCCAGAGACAUACAGAGAUUACAUAGCUAUUAUCAGGGCUAGAAUUUGAAUAAUAUUCUGCUAUUUAAUGUACCUGUGCAUUAAGAUUUGUUAUGAAGGGUAGAUUUUAAAUUAAAUAACAGUCAGCAUUGUAUAGUAACUAGAAUGAUCACUACAGUGCAGGAGCCAAAAGAUGAGUUGUAGCCCUACUCAACCACUAACAAGUUGUGUGUCCUUGGCCAAGUCAUUUAACUACUCCACGCCUCAAUUUACUUGUAUAAAAUGGUUUGGGCCAAUGAGUGAUCUCAGAUGCCCUGUAAAGUUACUUCCUGCCCUAGAAUUCUGAUUCUAAGUAAAUACUAUAUAAUUCAUCUAUAGCACUGUUGGAAUGUUCUUUUAUGGGAUUAUAUUUAUAUGUACAAGAUGUUACUUACUAAAGCAUCAUUAAAAGUCAAAUGGCAGAGCUAAAUCUGAUAUGAUAUUGUAAAUCUAGAAUUCUGUGUUUGGAAUGGUAGUUUAUGUCAUAUUGUUAUUCAGAUACAUAUGGGUUUUGUUUUUUAAAACACAUUGGAGGGAGAGUUUUGAUGAAACAUUCUUAAAAGUUAAUGCAGUUUAGGUUUUACCAUACUUAGAAUCUGAGAUGCAAGAACUUCAGGAAGUAGAUAACCAACUGUUUCAGUGUCUUAGAAUUGAAGCAGCUACUUUCUGAAUAAAUGAUAGGUAUAUAAAUAAUUUAGAAUCAUCAUUGCUUCUUUUACAGAUACUUGGAUGACAUUGAUGAUGAGAUGGACCCAGAAAUAGAAGAAGCCUAUGAAAAAUUUUGUUUAGAAUCAGAGCGUAAGAGAAAACAGUAAAGUUAGAUAAAAAGAUAUCUUUAUAAAGCAGUUUAGGUAUGGUGAUUAGCAAAAUAGAAGGAAGCAAGGAAACAUGUCACGUUUAUACCAAAUUAAGGAUGUUGAGUUCAAGUUACUAAUGUAUGCAACUUUAAUUUUGUUUAACAAUAUCUGCCAAAAAAAAAGUAAACUUAUUUCAUAUAACUUAAAUUGUGUAUAUAUAUCAUAGUUUAUUAUGUACAUAUUAUAAACUGUUUGGCUGCAAUAAAAUUGAUUUGAAAUAAGUGACAUGUUGAAAGAAAAUUUUACUGAUUAGAAGCUUAUCUUUCUAAUACUAUUUUCCUUGAGAAAAAAAAUAAACUUUAGCAUAUACAUUACUACAUAAACGUAGCACCCUUUUAUUAGCUAUGAAUAAUACAAUUUUAGGUUAAGAAGUUUCCACUAACAAAUUGGGUCUCAAAUAUAAUAAUAAUCAUGAGAAAAGCUUUAGCAUUCAGAGUUUGAAAUCAUUCUUAACAACUGAUGUUACAUAUGCAAACUAAAUAUUAGGAUACCAAGGUCUUUAAAAAUUAUUAGUUUGUGGAAGAAAAUUACAGCUAAAGCGUUUUAUAGGAGAAAGCUCAAACAACCAUAGUGCUUCUGUGAUAAAAAUUAUUUCAAAAACAAAGUCAAGCAUACAUUUUCUGCUGCUUUUGUAGCUUUUUUUUUUAUCUACAAACUUAAUUUUUUCACAUCACUAACUUGAUUAUCCUUCAGAAAAGAACUGGAACAUUGUCUUUUGAUUUAAUUUAUAUAAUUUCUUCUGUUUUAUUUUGUAGUAUUGAAAAUUUUGUACUUGCAAAUUUUAACCAGUUUAUUCACCUACUAGUUCUAGUUUCAUUUUUCUUCUGCUUUAUAAUUUUGAAAGAGGGUCAUUUUUUCCAAAUACUUCUUUCAUUUUGGUAUGGUUCUGUAUUGAUGAGUAAUGUAAGUAAAAUUCCUACCAAACUUGAUUCUGUACUUAUUUCCAGCUUCCUAAAAGUAGAUAAAAAACAAAAACUUAUGUAUAAAAAAAUUGUAAAUAUGCAUGUAAAUAGUUAUGUUAAUAAUGCACUGUAAUACCUUUGGGACAUUUAUUUGUGUUAGUUAAUACAGUUAGCUUUCUGACUAAAUUUCCUGCUUGUUUGUUGAACAUCUUAGUUUAAAAUAAUUUUUUUUAAAUAAAGAAUUUGGAUGUCUUUAAAUGAA